UGAAAUUUGUCAUCCUACAAUUCAAUUAUUGGGACCAUUAUUACUAUUAGCCAGUACAUAGUACCAAAUGGUAGCCAUAAAUAUCAGAUCUCAUUCGGUGUGUUCUGCUGAAUUUGUGAAUCAUUAUUGUUCCCCUUUUGAACAUCCUCGUAGGUUCAAGUAACUCAAGAGUGUCAAAACUAGGAAAAAGGGCGGGAAAAAUAAAGAAGAAUUGUUAAUCAAUUCAAUUUCAUGGCCUCCAACACCAAAGUAGUUCAUGCUCUAGUUCUGCCUUAUCCUUCUCAAGGCCACAUAAACCCAUUGCUCCAAUUCUGCAAGCGUCUUGUUUCUAAAGGGGCGAAAGCCACAUUUGUUAACUCUGUUUUUCUCUCCAAAUCCAUGCAUGCGGACCCCAAAAGCUCCAUCAAUUUCGAAACCAUUUCAGAUGGGUACGAUGAAGGGGGUUGGCUAUCAGCAGAAAGCGCCGAGAUUUACCUCGACAACUUGCGAACCGUGGGUUCCAAAACCUUGUCUGAGCUCAUCAAGAAGCUCCAGGACAAUGGCCAAGUUAUUGAUGUUGUGAUUUAUGAUUCCUUCUUGACUUGGGCUCUUGAUGUUGCGAAAGAAUUCGGGAUUGUGGCUGCUGCGUUCUUCACUCAAACUUGUGCUGUAAACAGCGUUUAUUACCAUGUCUACAACGGCCUUCUUCCGGUUCCUCUGUCGGGUUCCCCUGUUUCGCUCCCUGAGUUGCCGGUUCUUCAACCUGAGGAAACUCCGUCUUUCGUGUACCGGCCGGAAGAUAAUCCCGCUUUCCGCGACUUGCUUGUGAAUCAAUUCUGCAACGUUGAUCAAACCGACUGGGUCUUUCUCAAUAUUUUCGACAAAUUGGAGGAAAAUUUGCUGAAUUGGAUGGGGAAACUCUGGCGGCGAGUUCGAACUGUCGGCCCGACAGUUCCGUCCAUGUACUUGGAUAAGCGAUUAGCAGAUGACACAGGUUACGGAAUCCAUCUCAGCAAGCCAGAAUCCAGCUUAUGUAUGAACUGGUUAAACAGACAAGAAACUGGUUCGGUUGUUUAUGUUUCCUUUGGUAGCUGGUCACAGAUCAACGAGGUACAAAUUGAAGAAAUAGCUUCGGCAUUGAAACAAAGCGGGUUCAAAUUCUUAUGGGUUGUGAGGGCAUUUGAAAAGGAAAAGCUUCCUAAAACAUUCACAGAGGAGACGUCGGAUCAAGGCCUGGUUGUGACAUGGAGUCCACAACUUGAGGUAUUAGCCCAUGAAUCCUUGGGCUGUUUUGUGACUCACUGUGGGUUCAAUUCGGUUCUGGAGGCACUGUGUUUAGGAGUUCCGAUGGUGGCAGCGCCGGUGUGGACAGAUCAGCCCACCAAUGCGAAGUUGAUUGAGGAUGUUUGGGGAGUUGGAAUAAGGACUAAGAAAGACGAGCAAGGGAUAGUGAGGAAGGAAAGUCUGGUUUCAUGCUUGGAGGAAAUUAUGGAGGAGGGAUCAGAGAAAGGGAAACUGAUCAAAGAAAAUGCUGCCAAAUGGAAGAAUUUAGCUAAGGAAGCUAUUGAUGAAGGUGGGAGUUCAGACAAGAACAUUGAUGACUUUUUAGCCGACUUAGCUAGUUAGAUUUGGUCAGAACUCAGAUAGAAUAAACUUCCAAGUCUGCAACGAUGAAAUUGAUGGUUGCUAGCAUGCCAAAGUAGUCAUUAGUGGUCCGAAUUUUCUCAUCAGUCUUAAAGUGAGAGUCUAAAAAAUCAUGUACCACGGAAUCAAAAUGCAUAUUAUUAUUUAAAUAUUAUUAUUUAAGAAUUACAUGUCGUUGCAAUUUGUUUGUUC